AUGGCGGGGAGUUCAAGUGAGGAGUCUGGUGUUAGCAGAUCAUUAGAGGGAUUAUCAAAUGGGCAGCAGCGUUCUGGUGAAGCAUUGGCUGAAUGGCGCUCUUCUGAGCAAGUUGAGAAUGGAAUCACUUCAACUUCACCUCCCUACUGGGAUACAGAUGAUGAUGAUGAUUGUGGACCAAAACCUUCUGAGUUAUAUGGAAAGUAUACAUGGAAAAUAGACAAGUUCUCACAGAUUAACAAGAGAGAGCUUCGAAGCAAUGCAUUUGAAGUUGGUGGCUAUAAAUGGUAUAUCUUGAUCUACCCUCAGGGGUGUGAUGUUUGCAAUCAUCUGUCUUUAUUUCUUUGUGUUGCAAAUCAUGACAAGCUUCUUCCAGGAUGGAGUCAUUUUGCACAAUUCACAAUAGCUGUGGUGAAUAAAGACCCCAAGAAAUCAAAAUAUUCUGACACGUUACAUCGCUUCUGGAAGAAAGAGCAUGAUUGGGGAUGGAAAAAAUUUAUGGAAUUAUCAAAAGUUUUAGAUGGAUUUGUUGAUGCUGACACUCUCAUAAUAAAAGCUCAAGUCCAAGUUAUAAGGGAGAGAGCAGAUCGUCCAUUCAGAUGCCUUGAUUGUCAAUAUAGGAGAGAACUUGUGAGGGUAUAUUUGUCAAAUGUAGAGCAAAUAUGUCGCCGAUUUGUUGAAGAGAGAAGAGGAAGACUUGGAAAGCUGAUAGAAGAUAAAAAUAGAUGGGCAAGCUUCUGUGGAUUCUGGUCUGGAAUUGAUCAAAAUUCAAGGCGCCGAAUGUCAAGGGAAAAGUCAGAUUCAAUAUUAAAAGUUGUUGUAAAACACUUCUUUAUAGAAAAAGAAGUCACAUCAACAUUGGUAAUGGACUCAUUAUACAGUGGAUUAAAGGCUCUUGAAGGUCAAAGUCAAAGUCAAAUCCAAAGUCAAAGUCAAACCAAGAACAAGAAGGCCAAAGGGCAACAAUCUGAUGCAGAAGAACCACCCAUACCCGUUGUCCGGAUGGAAAAUGACACUUUUAUCCUUGUUGAUGAUGUGUUGCUUUUGCUUGAAAGAGCAGCCUUGGAACCAUUGCCUCCAAAAGAUGAAAAAGGACCUCAAAAUCGUACUAAGGAUGGUGGAUCAGGGGAGGAUUUCAGCAAGGAUUCUAUUGAGCGCGAUGAAAGGCGUCUCACUGAAUUGGGAAGAAGGACUAUUGAAAUAUUUGUGUUAGCUCACAUUUUCAGCAGUAAAAUAGAAGUUGCAUACCAAGAGGCUGUUGCUUUGAAAAGGCAAGAAGAGCUCAUUCGUGAAGAAGAGGAAGCAUGGAUGGCUGAAAGUGAACAGAAAGCAAAACGUGGUGCAUCUGAAAAGGAAAAGAAAUCAAAGAAAAAACAGGCGAAGCAGAAAAGAAACAACCGGAAAUCGAAAGAAAAAGGGCGCGAUGAAAAAGCGAAACCUCAACAACAACAAAUCAUGGUUGAAGAUGCCGAGUUGCUAAAGAAACCGGAUACACUGGAAGACGUUUCCGAUGUUGAUGUUGAUGUUGAUGUUUCUGAUUCCGCCGAUUGUGUGACCGAAGCCCUUCUUCGUCCCGAUUCCGAUGAUCGCGAUUCCAGCCCCGUGAACUGGGAUACGGACACCUCGGAACCGCAUCCGCCCACAGAAGCUUGUAGCAGCGGGAUAAUUAUUGCACAAAACGGGGACAGAAAGAGUAAUUCCGUCAUGGAUGAUAGUUCAUCAACAUGUUCCACAGAUUCACUCCCUUCAGUGGUCAUCGCCAGAGGGAAAAUGAAGCGGGGAAAGGCUACCGGUGAAGUGAUAACACGAGUCAACCAUAUGACGAAACCGCCCUUGGAUGUUGGCUCCGAGUCGACUCAGCCGAGUGGUGAACCGGAUUGCGAUGUCGGUGCACUCUCGUUGCAGGAUAAGAUGAAGUGGCUCGAACCGGAUGUCGUCAAGAAAGUGGAAGAAGUUGUUCCACUACAGAAAAAGCUAAACAUAAAGGAUGAUUUUGACCCCGAGAGACAUCCAAAGGAAAAGACGACAAUUACCCCAUCUUCACCAAAAAGCCCUUCGAAACCCUCACCACGUGCCCUUCAAAAAUCCGACCUCAAAAGAAAUCUCCAAAACACCGAAAAACCAAUGGUCCAUAAUACCCCCACCCAAAAACCAACCGAAAAGCCUUCUUUGAUGGUGCACCAAGGACCCACCCCGGCUCACAAAUCCAUAAACGGUCCCGCCAUAUCAAAGCCGGUCCCACCCAUGUCAAGACCAUUGAGUGCACCUUUAGUCGAAGUCUCCAGACCCACCACAACCACCAUGGCUACUACACCCGUUAUUCCCAUGGUCCAAACCACACCGUUACUAUCACGCUCUGCAAGUGCAGCCGGAUACCUCGGACCCGGAUCCGACCCGUCACCCAUGGGUCAAACCUACAUCCCGUCAUCUUACCGAAACGCGAUGAUGGGAAGCCCGGUUUCCGCCACCUCAUCCGCGUUUCCAAAACCAGGAGUAGGGGUAAACUCGUCAUUUUCACAACCCAUGUUUUUACCUCAAGAAACCGUUAGACCGAGCUUCUCUUUCGGGAUGAUGAGCCAACUUUCAAACGGGCCCCAGUGGGACCCGAACAUUGACAUUUACAACAACAAAUCGGUUCCCGUUCCCGUUCACGUCCACACAACACAAGGAAUGUUGGCCGAUGAAUUCCCGCACCUCGAUAUAAUCAAUGACUUGCUUGAUGAUGAGUACACUAUACCCGUGGGCCCUAGCCCGUCGUUUAACGGGCCCCGACAUCUGAGUCAUCAGUACAGUUUUCCCGGGGAAAUGGGCGGGUCGACGCUCGACCCGGGCCCGUCAACGAGCUCGUGUAGGUUCGAGCGGACACGGAGUUACCAUGAAGAGUUCCAACACGGGUACAAUGGUGGUGGCCCGUUUGAGUUCACGAGGGAUAUGGUUCCGGCCCAACCGGGUUUGCAGUAUGUGAAUGGGUCGGGUCAGGGUCAAGGUCAAGGUCAGGGUCAGGGUCAGAAUCAGUGGCGGGUUGGCGGGUCGGAUCUUUUAUACGGGUUGAGAAAUAUGGAUGGUGAAGGGUAUGGGUAUCAGAUGGGUCCACCGGAUUAUUCGAUGGGUGUUAACGGGUAUAAUGUUUACCGACCCAAUGGGCAGUGA